GGUGACGGAGAAAGACAGACAGAAAGAGUGAAGGAGAAGGACAGACAGCCUAUGUAUGUGUUUGUGUUUGUGUGUGUGUGUGUGAGAGAGAGAGAGAUAGAGAAGGAGACAGAGGCAGCCAGAAAAAACAGACUGGAGAGGAACAGAGAAAGUGAGAAUAAUUUCUGGUUAUGGAUAAAUCUGCAGCCAAGGAUUUCAACUGGGUAAAAAACAUUUGUGAGGUGUUGGUUCUGCUCGCAAAGACUGCCUUCUACUCCUUCUGAGAAGAAUGGGAAACACUUGUGGAUGUGUGAGAGCACAAAAAGAAGAAUGUGCAUUAGACCCUGCUAAGGCUCCUCUGGAUCAAUCUCCUUACCCCCGCAGCAAACUUUACCUCAAGAGGAGGAAGAAGAAAAACAAGGAGCUGCCGUUUCCACCAGAGGUUAUCCAGCAGAGGGAUGCUGAGUGGUGCAGAGAGACCGCAGCCAGGGCUCCUGUGCUGGGUGAUACCUUGGAGGAAGGUAUCAGCCGAGAAGUGCAUAAAGGUGUCUGGUGUGGUGACGGUACCCAGAGACAGAGCCAAGCUGGUCCUUAUGGUGAGAGGAAUGAUUUAACCAGAGCUGUAGAUGGCAGGAUCAGUGAUGUCGGAGGGUCCUCCUCCCUUUCCAUUUCGGGCAGCUGUUUUCUGUAUCAGUCUGAAGGGGAUGUGGAAUCGGAUGGAGCAAGCAGGGAAUGUGUGGCCGAUGGCAGCGAGCUGGCCCGGGUGAAGAAGCAGAAGAGGAAGAAGAGGAGGUCGAAGCACGGCACAGUCCAGGGUGACCCAUUUGACUGCUGCCGUCUGGCCUUUGAGCCAAAAAGAGCCAUCAGCCUGAGCACGGUUGUAUGGCCUGUCCCAUGCUCAGAGAUGGAAAUGCAGUUUGACUGUCAUCCGUCCAGAAGUCUGGGCAAUAUUCUCGAUCGUGAGUUUUAUAAGACUGGAAGCGAUGACCGUGUCUUGACAGACCUACCUGGCUUGUCGCUUCACAAACCACCGUUAACGGUCCUCAGAACUCAGACAAAGAGGCAGCAAGUAGCUACUGACUGCAGUGACUCAUCUCCCACAGCACCGGGAAGCAGGCUGCUGCCUCUGUCUGGAAAAGUGUCCAGGGAGUCGGCAAGGAGCAGACAUAAGUAUUCAGCUAUCUCUGACAUCCAUGUUACUGGGGAGUCUGAGGACAUGUCAGCCAAGGAGAAGCUGUUACUGUGGUCGCAACAGGCAGCAGAGGGCUACGCUGGAGUCCGAUGUGAGAACUUCACUUCAUGCUGGAGAGAUGGCAGAUUAUUUAAUGCAAUCAUUCAUAAAUACAGGCCGGACCUGGUAGAUAUGAGUCAAGUAGCUGUUCAGAGUAACGUGAGCAAUUUGGAACAAGCCUUUGGUGUAGCUGAAAAGCUUGGUGUCACAAGGCUGUUGGACCCAGAAGAUAUUAAUGUUUCAUCCCCUGAUGAGAAGUCUGUGAUUACAUACGUUUCGUCACUCUACGAUGUUUUUCCCAAAGUCCCAGAAGGCGGUGAAGGCAUCCAUGCAAAUGAUGUUGAUGUCAAGUGGAUUGAAUACCAGAAUAUGGUGAACUACCUCAUGCAAUGGAUCAAGCAUCAUGUGACAGUCAUGUCCGAUCGGAGCUAUUCGAACAAUCCUGCAGAACUUAAGGCACUUUAUAACCAGUACAUGCAGUUCAAAGACACAGAAAUCCCACCAAAAGAGAAAGACAAAACUAAAAUAAAGCAGCUGUAUAAAUUGUUGGAGGUGUGGAUAGAAUUUGGUCGCAUUAAACUUCCUCAAGGCUAUCAUCCAAAUGAUGUGGAAAAGGAGUGGGGAAAAUUGAUCAUUGCUAUGUUAGAAAGAGAAAAGAGCUUACGGCCGGAAGUGGAAAGACUUGAAAUGCUGCAACAAAUCGCCUGCAGGCUUCAGUGUGAUAGCGUGGCGUGUGAAGACAAACUGUUACGAGCGCGAAAUUCAUACCAACUUGAUGCUAAGCGGAUGGAAUCAGGACUUCAGUUUCAGAAUGAGACAGAGGUUGCAGGGUACCUUUUAGAAUCUGAAAAUCUCAUCCGUCAACAGAUUGUUGAUGUCCAGAUUCUAAUCGAUGGAAAGUAUUAUCAGGCAGACCAACUUGUUCAAAGAGUUGCAAAGCUGCGAGAUGAGCUGAUGUUACUGAAGUCUGAUUAUUCAUCGCUGUACAAUAAAGGGCGCUCCUUAUCUUCAGAGGAGACCCAGUUGAUGAUGGCUGGGUUAAAUCAGAGCCUGAAUCAGAGUUUCUCAUCAGGUUUUUCCCAGAGUUUGACACCAUCUUUGACUUCCAGUUUAUCUCGGAGCUUGACGCCAAGCUUGACCCAUGGAUUGACCCCAGUUCUCACACCAAGCUUGCCUGCAACACUCUCCUCUGGCUUAAAACCCGUUCUGGCACAUGGCUUCAUUCAAGGCUUUGUCCCCUGUAUGGACCCAGACACAAUCCAGACAGUAAAACUGAUGCAGAUCCGGAAACCAUUGCUGAGGUCACAAUUCAUUGACCAGUCUCUGACGGAGGAGGAGAUCAACAUGAACUUUUUGCAGGACUUAUUAAGCUGGGUGGAAGAUAUGCAGGUGCAGCUUGAUCGUGCUGAGUGGGGCUCUGACUUGCCAAGCAUCGAGAGUCACUUGGAAAAUCACAAAAAUGUCCACAGAGCAAUUGAAGACUUUGAAUCAAGCAUCAAAGAAGCCAAAGCUGCUGAGGGACAAAUGAGCCCACCUCUAUGUGAAAGCUAUUCAGAGAAGUUGAGCACCCUAGAGAGUCAGUACAUCAAGCUUUUGGCUGCUUCCCAGGAUCGAGCCUCUCACCUUGACGACCUGCAAACUUUUGUGACCAGAGCCACUAACGAGCUCAUCUGGCUGAACGAGAAGGAGGAGGAGGAAGUUGCUUAUGACUGGAGCGACAGGAACUCCAGCAUGUUGAGAAAGAAAGAAUAUCAUGCUGAAUUGAUGCGACAGCUCGAGGAUAAGGACGUCCUCAUGAGAUCAGUGCAGGAGAUGGCAGAUCAGCUCCUCCUAAGUCGUCAUCCUGCUCGAUCCACCAUCGAGGCUUUUAAAGCAGCCAUGCAAACACAGUGGAGUUGGAUCCUACAGCUCUGCUACUGCGUUGAAAGACACCUGAAAGAAAACACAGCCUAUUUUGAGUUUUACAAUGACGCCAAAGAAUCCAUGGAUUACUUGAGGAACCUGCAGGAAACAAUAAAGAGGAAGUACAGUUGUGACAAAUCCAGCAGCCUAGUGAGACUGGAGGACCUGGUUCAGGAUUCCAUGGAUGAGAAGGAACAACUCCUCCAGUACAGGAGUAACGUAGCAGGCCUCAUGAGUCGGGCAAAGAGCAUCGUGCAACUCAAACCCAGGAAUCCCGAAAAUCCCAUAAGGAUCUCCAUCCCCAUCAAAGCCAUCUGUGACUACAAACAAAUUGAGAUAACGAUCUACAAAGAUGAUGAAUGUGUACUGGAGAACAACUCACACCGAGCCAAGUGGAAGGUUAUCAGUCCUACAGGCAAUGAGGCCAUGGUUCCUUCAGUUUGCUUUUCAGUUCCUCCACCAAACAAAGAAGCCAUUGAGAUGGCCAGCAGAAUUGAACAGCUGUAUCAAAAUGUUCUGGCACUCUGGCACCAGACACACAUAAAUAUGAAGAGUGUUGUAUCCUGGCAUUAUCUCAUGAAUGAAAUUUCAACUAUUCGUGCUUGGAAUGUUUCCUCAAUAAAGACCAUGCUCCCUGGGGAACAUCAGCAGGUGCUAAGCAGUCUUCAGGAACACCUCAGGGACUUCUUGGAAGAUAGUCAGGAAUCAGAAGUCUUCUCAGUCACUGACGGCAACCAGCUUGAGAGAGAAGUCAAGUUCUGCAAACAGUAUUAUGAAGAUCUCCUCAAAUCGGCUGAAAGAGAGGAGCAAGAGGAAUCCGCUUGCAAUCGGUUCAUCUCAGAGUUACGCAAUAUUCGACUUCGUGUGGAGAAUUGUGAGAAGCGCCUGAUACGUGAAAUCCGCACACCGCUGGAACGAGAUGAUCUACAGGAGAGUGUGCAAAGAAUCACCGAGCAAGAGAAACUGAAGAGUGAGCUGGAGGAGCUCAUUGUGGAUUUGGAGAAAGUGACUGAAAAGUGUGACAAAUUCUUUGGACAAGCAUCUUCAUCUUCAGCCGCAACCCUACGUACAGAGCUGAAUGUGGUGCUGCAGAAUCUCAAUCAAGUGUACUCGCUGUCCUCCAUUUAUUUGGAUAAGUUGAAGACUGUCAAUUUGAUUGUUAAAAAUAGCCAAGAAGCAGAGGCUCUUGUUAAACAGUAUGAAACCAAAUUGGGUGAGGAAGAUGCAGUACCACCUGACACUGAGGCAAUUCAAGCUCUCCAAAAUACAUUGAAGCAAUGGCGAACUGAAGUGGAUGAGAAGCGUGAUGUCUUCCAUUCAUUAGAAGAUGAGCUCCAGAAAGGGAAGGCAGUCAGUGAACGCAUGCUGAGGGCACAUAAUGAGCGGGAUAUGGACAUGGACUGGCACAAGGAGAAAGCUGUUCAGUUAGCUGAGCGAUGGGAGAACAUCCGUUCCCAAAUUGACAACAGGCUGCAUGAGCUUGAGAGCAUCAGCAUAUCCCUGAACUGGUACAGAGACUGUUAUAAAGACCUUGAUCAGUGGAUCCAAGAAAUGGAAACAACGCAACAAAAGAUGCAGGAACGUCAGCCGGAAGACAUCCGAGCCCUUGCUGAUGAGCUCAACCAACAAAAGGUGUUGGCCUCGGAAGUUGAGAUGAAACAAAGCAGAAUGGACGAAUGUCAGAAAUACUCUGACGAGUAUUCCUCUGCUGUAAAGGAGUACGAGCUUCAGCUGAUGACCUACAAAGCCAUGGUCGACUCCCAGCAGAAGUCACCAGUCAAACGGCGAAGAAUGCAGAGCUCUUCAGAUGUCAUUAUACAAGAGUUUAUGGACCUCCGUACACGUUACACAGCCUUGGUGACCCUGAUGACCCAAUAUGUGAAGUUUGCAAGUGAUGCUUUAAAAAGAUCAGAGGAGGAAGAGAAAUCGGUAGAAGAGGCAAAGCAAGAGCAUGUCGAUAAAGUUGGCGAAUUGUUGAAAUGGGUGUCUGAGAAGAGCAAGAGCUUGGCGAAGAGACGACUCGAAUCUCCUGCAGUGGAGCCUGGUGCAGUGGAAAAGUCGCUUUCUGAGAAUCAGAUGCUUUAUGUGGAAUUGUCGAACAAGAAAGAAGAGAUUGCUGAAGCUAUUCACACGACGCAGAUAUUCUUGGCUAAGCACAGUGACAAGAUAUCAGAAGAAGAUAAGCAGCAAACAGAGAAACAGCUUGAAUCUCUUCAGGAAACUUAUGAUAAGUUGUGUGAGGAGUCUUCUGAGGGCCUCCAGCAAAUACAAAGCACGCUAGCUGAAGAGACAAUGGAGAAGGACUAUGAAACCAUUGCAGGUGUUCUUGAUGUGGUGACUGGGAUGGUUUAUCCAAUAUUCCCUGCAAUAUGCCAUGGUUUUAUAGAUUACGACACAGGGGUGAUUUUGCUGGAAGCUCAGGUCAUUGAGUCAGGCCUGAUUCUUCCAGAAACAAAGCAGUGCCUUGGUAUAGAAGAAGCCUUGAGAUGUCAGUUGAUAGAUGAAAAGAUCUUCAACCAACUGGAAGAGUUGAGUAAUUCCGCCAAAAUUAUUUCAAGAACCUUAUGUGAAUCACGUGACACCCAUCCUGUUGUUGGUGUUUAUGACAACAACAUUAUCUCAGAGAUAUCGGUCAUUAAAGUCCUUGAGGCACAGUUUGCCACUGGAGGACUCAGGGUUCCAGCCACGGGUGAAAGGCUCAAUCUUGAGGAAGCUUUUCAGAGAGAACUCAUCACUGCUCAGCUGUACUUUAAAUUGCAAGAGAGGCAGAAGAUGUGCAAGGAGCUGAUUGAUCCAAAUACAGCUGAGAAGGUAUCAUUAAUGGAAUUAAUGCAAAGAGUCACAGUGGAUAAAGAAACUGGACUAAGACUGCUUCGUAUAAAUCCAGGAGAGUGGGGCACAAUCAACUUGAGAUCUGGUAGACAGGUCAGUGUUCUACGGGCAGUCCAUGAAGGCCUCAUAGACCGUGAAGUGAUGAUCAGGUUUCUUGGUGCUCAGCUGUUCGCUGGCGGGCUUAUUCACCCUCAGACAGGAGCUCGGCUAACAGUAGAUGAAGCUUUGGUAUGUGGUCUCAUUGAUCACGAUGUAGCUUCAGACCUCCUCACUCACCAAGUUCAAACAGGAGGCAUUAUCAACCCAGCUACUGGCAGGAGAUUAACCAUGGAUGAAGCUGUGCAGUGCAAUUUAAUAUCGUCGAGCAGUGCACUUUUAGUCCUGGAAUCACAGCGGGUAUUUAUGGGUCUCAUUUGGCCUGAUUCUGGAGAGAUAUUUUCUAUCAACACUUCUUUGCAACAAGGAGUGGUAACGAAUGAAUUAGCUCACAAAAUCUUGAAUAACAGGCAAAAAAUAGCAGCCCUUUACAUCCCUGAGAGCUCAUCAGUGCUCACACCUGAGGAAGCAAGCAAGCUAGGUAUAGUAGACAAAAAGGCAGCACCUAUUCUAAGCACAGUAACAAUACCUGACUUGAUGCCUGGCAGCAAACACUUUCCAUCUUCACAUGAAGACGCCUUGAACUGGGGAUCAAAUUGUGAAGUCGAAACUUGUGCUAUUAAUGACCCUACUGGUGUUAAAGAAAGAGACAGAGAUGAGAAUUCAACUCUACAGCAGAUGGAAAUACAACAGAAAUUUGUAUCAUAUCUGAUGAUGCACAGCUAUAUGGAUGCAGGCUCAGGAAGGAGGCUACUUUUGGUUAAUAGCGACUUGAAUGGAAAGAUUAAAAUGGUGAUGGAAGCAAGUGACACAGAUGUUCCAUUAGAAGAUCAGCAAGAGUGCCUUCAUAUUCAAGAUGGCAGCGUAUUUGAGAAUCUGUCAGAAGCUGGAAAAAAGUCAGAAAGUAUCAGCUUCCUUAAAAGCCAUGUUUGUUCUGAAAGGUUGGAUUCAGAUGAUAGAGUAGAAAAACAGAGUGUUGAUACACCAAGUGAAUAUUGUGGGAGUAUUAAUAAUGAAGCAUUAUAUUGGAUGCCUGGUGUGCAACAGUUUCCAACAAAUGACCUUGAAGAGUAUGCAUGUUCACAGACGAUAGAUAGUUCAAGAAAUUGUGUGACCGACAUCAAAGAAGGCAAAGCAAUUCGGGCAACUGAAGCAUUAGAAGCUUUUGCAGGUUGUCCUGAAGUGCCAUCUCUUCCUGAAAACUUAAGUAUGCAUCCAGACUUUACAACCAGACAAACCAACCAUGUUAAUUCUUUUGAAAGUGAUUUGGGAAACCAUUUGAGAAAAAGUGAAGCGGUUCCAAAAGAUGAUCAGGUUACUCAAGUGGUAAUUUCAGUGUUGCAAACUGCAGAUUCCUUCCAAGAGGAAGAGGUUGCCAAGACUGUGUCUUCAGCAGAACAUUUGGCAGCUGAAAUCAGCCCGAGGAUUCCAAUACAGCAGUCAUCUCCACCUCGUGAAUGCAAUAAGUUCACUCCAUUUCCAUCGGACAUGGACCUCCGAAGAGACUUUGGAGAAGGCCUGAAUAAAACGUUGGGUCUAGAUGCAUCAUCUGGUAUGCAGUGGGGUGAUAAAGGUAGCAAUGGUACUCAAAGUUUUGAAGACACGUUAGUGAUCCACACAGAGCAUGCUAACAAAACUGCAAACAGCGUGGCUGCUCAACAGUGCUUGGAAGUUUCAGAACUGGAAGAACCUAAUGAUCCAGGCGGAAGACAAAAUAUUGCUGAGCUAUCAGUGGAAUAUAAAAACAACGUGGCAGAUACAACUGCAAACUCUCUUCCUUUGGAAUCACAGCUGCCAACUGGGAAAGAUGUAUUCAUUUCAGAACAAUUAGAAACUGAGGCGAAAACAAGUGAACACCUUGUAUGUGGAAAAAAUAAAAUAAGGACAAUUAAAACGUUAGAUGAUAUUGCGGACACACAUGAAAUGGUAGAUUUUUUCGGUACUCCUGAUGCAGAAAGAUUAAGUGAAAAUGUGAAGAUAGAUGUCAUGAUGAAGAUGAAGGAUGAAGAACAAUUGCUUACAGAUGACAAGCAUUCACUUGUUGCUGAUAAAGAUGAACUAGGAGGUAGCAAUUUUGAAAACCAGGUCAGCAUUCAUAAGUUAAUAGAAACACACACAGAUUCCUCAAUGGAAACAGUGUGUGAUGUAAUGAUUCCAUCGGUGGAAGAGUGUCUCUCCAUUCCCAAUGAAAUCUUGGAUCUGAGCCCUACAGAAAUUGAAAGUAAAGGUGCACAAUCUACAAAUGAUACUGUGGACCAUCAGGAAUCAAAACAAAAACUAAUAAAGAUCAUUGAAACGUUGGAUGACAUAGCAGACUUCGAUAAAAUGGAGAUUGCUGAACAAUCUGUUGUGAGAGAUAGUUUGUUAGAGAAUGAACAUCCAAAUUCCAGUGAAGAAGGUAACAAUGACAGUGUGUUAGGGAAUGGGUUGAGUGGACCCACAAAUACAGUUGAAGAUGGUGCCAUUCACCAAUAUGCUGGGUUUGCUUCUGUAGGUGGUGAGGUUGAAAAUGGGAGGACCAAAUUCAUUACAAGCAUGGAAGGAUUGGAAGAUAUCGCAGAUAGCCAAGAAAUACCGUGGUGUAUUGGAGAGCUUACAGGAGCAGAAGAGACUCAAAUGUUUAGUCCUUCUGGAGUUGAAGAUAUUGAGGAUGUAUUUGAAUGUUCCACAAAAAUGGACAGCAGUGAAUUUAGUUUGCUAAAUGAUGCAGAAUUAAAUUCAAAUGCCAAUGAGCAAAAUCAGCACAAACAAGUGAAUAUUAAGGCUGAGCAUGAAACAAUGAAGAACUGUGGAACAUCUGAACAAGGUGCAUCAGUGGGUAAUCUAAUAAUAAUAGAUAAAGUGAUAAAUGACUGCUGUCUUGAUGCAAGAUGUCCAUUGCAAGAGGGUCCAUUUGACAGUGCAGUAACACCGAAGAAUGCUGAAGGCAUCCACAGAGUUAAUGGGAGAAAUUUAUACAAAGGAGAGGAUGAAGAAAACGUUGCAGACAAGAUUUCUUUAGAGGCAGUUGAAAGUAGGAAGUGGGACAGAUUAGCUUUGAUAAAACAGUACAAAUCAGAAGUUGAAACAGGUGGAAUAUUUGACCCUGUUACUGGUAAAAGGUACAAUCUUGAGGCUGCUUUGGCACAUGGACUUUUGGAUGAGGAGAUGGCUGUGGAUGUUUUGGUUUCACAGUUCCAGGGUGGAGAAAUUUGUUUUGAGGAGAGUGGUGAAAAUUUAACCCUUAGUGAUGCAGUGGCAAAGGGACUUUUACCAAGUGACGUUGCUAUCAAAGUAUUAGAUAAGCUUGGAUUGAUUGGAGGAUUCUAUAACCCUGGUACAGGAGAAAUAAUGGAAGUGGCUGCUACUGCAGAGCAGGUCGUAAACAAUGACCUCUUGACAAAAGUAUUACUUUCUGAGAAAAUGGUCUCUGGAAUUAUUGACCCAGAGACCUGCAAGCUGCACAAUGUUCAUGAUGCAUUAAGACUUGGUAUUUUGAGCUCUUGUACAGCUCUGCAUUUGCUGGAAGGCCAAAUUGUUUCUGGUGGCAUUGUGGAUCUCAAACAAGAAGACCAAUUAUCAGUGGCUGCGGCCUCAAAGCUUUGCUUGGUUGAUGAUAAAACUGCUGAACAAUUGAUGAAAAUAGAAAAGGCAAAAAAUGGAGGGCAAGUCGACGAGGUGACCAAACUAAGGGCAUUAAAUUACCAGCUUGAAAUGUACGGCAUAUUGGAUCCACAGACGAAACAACCUUUGUCUGUGAUAGAAGCAGUUAACAGACACCUUGUGGAAAGGGAUGCUGUGCUCUCUGUUCUUCGCAAGCAAGUUGUAGAUGGUGGUAUCAUUCAGCAUAAAUCAGGACUUCGCCUCUCUCUGACUAAUGCUUUGAGGCAUGGUUUAAUUAGUCAAGACCUAGCUGACGACUUGUUUGAAUUAGAAACAUCUUGCCAAAAUAUUCACACUUUAAAUGCUGGGAAGAAUUUGUGUUCUGAAGAAAUCUAUCAGUGGUUACAUUUUCCAGUGGAAAUUGAAAGGAACCAGACAAUGGAUGAAUUCAAAACUGGAAAAUCAGUGAUUCAAGUUGAAUCUGGCGAUGCAAAAUCAUUGAAUGGAAAUUUGAAAAAAGAAAUGAACCUUUACAAAAGCCAGGACAAUGUUGGUGAAAGCCAAAUUAACAUUAUUCCUUACUCUGAUUUAGUGAAAAUAAGUAAAAUAGAUAUAGUCACUGGCCGAAGAUACAUGGCAGUAAAACCUCGCGAACAAUGUUUGAAUGUCCAAAAUGUUGAACCAAUGUCAAAAUUACAAGCAGUUGGUGUAGAUUUGGCAAGAACUCUCAGAGAGGAGUUAAAUAAUAAAACCAUAGUAUAUGCCAGAGAAGGUGAAGUCACCAAUCAGGACUUUGGAGCAAAGAGUGAGCUGAAUUGUCAGAUUAACCCUUCACCUUCUGGCUCCUCUGUUCAGGAAAGUAAUCAAGAUAUUUCCCUCAAUAUCAAGUUUCAGGAGCAGGCUGGCCAAACCACUGAGGAAAAUUUGCCUGGAAAACUGGACUACAUUCCAUCCAAACCAUCUUGUUUUGAAGAUUCACUGCAAGGUGACUUUUUCUCAUAUGUUCGAGAAUGCAUGUCAGAUAUCGAGCGAGAGUCAGAAUUGGCUAGAAAAAAAAAUCUUUUAACAAGAGAAGAGGAACUUAAGGAAGAAGUUGGAAAAUUGACUGCAAAGACAUUUAUGGAAGAAAAAUGUGUGGAAGAGAUGGAGCCAAACAAUCCCAAAGCCAAUACCAAGGUUCAAGGUCUAAUGGGUCUGCAAGGGAUUGGCAAUUUGGAAGAAAACUUUGAAGGAAGAGAGCCUGAUAUAAUUCUCAGCCCACAUGAUGAAGCACAAUUAAAUGGAAUUUCCAAAAUAAAUAAUCAAGUUGCACAAGGUUCUGGCUGUGAAGAAUGUGCAGAAGGAUCUGAAGGAAGUGUAAAUAUUGCAAUGGCUGUGGGGAAUGUGCUGAAAGCUGUGUAUAUGAAGUUCAGUGAUGCAUUCAAAAGAAAACCAAUUGAAGGUGAGGAAAUCUCACGUGACGAUACAAUGAUAAAUGAAUGCAUGCAAGAUGAAAAGUUUGUUGAAACAUUAAAUGACACUGCAGAACAUGCAAGUAGGGUGAAAGAAUUGGAGAAAAACAUGUCUGACACCUCUGGAGCAGGAGGAAAUGCGGGAGAGAUGUCCAACUGUGAUGGUCAAACAUUAUUUGUAGAAUCUGAAAAUCUAUUGUGUCAAGAAAGAAUCAAUGAAGAAGUACAAGAUCAGAAUGCUGAAGGCAAUCAGAAGCUUGAGAUAUCAUUGGACAAAACAAUAAAUAAUUCAUUAGAGCUUGAGGAUAAAGCCAACUUGGUUUUGGAAGAGGAAAGUCUUGUCCAUUCAGAGAAUGUGCUUGGUCUCACAAUCGUUGAAAAUGAGUCUUCAGAAAAUACAGAUGAUCAAAGAACAGUUGGAAUUAAUAGUGGAACUGGUGAUAAUAAAGAAGCAGACACCUUAGAUUUGAAGGAAUGCAAUACAGAGGUGGAAGGUGUUGCUGAAAUGCCUGAUGUUGAGGAUGUAGCAACUUUAUGUGGCGAUACUGGGGCUGCUGUAAGUAAGUCAGAAAUUCUCUUUGAUUGUCUGAAACAAGAGCUUCUCAAUGAAGAGUUUAGUGAAUCACUUGGUUUAAAAGAAGAAAAGUUUUUGAAAAUAGCAGAGUCGAUUGCUUGUUUGAAGCCGGCAAUGAUGAGUGCACAAGCGCAAGAAAUGCUUUUUGCAGUAAUUGAAGAGAAAGAUCCUUGCAGUUUGAAAAACCAAGCCCUGGUCAGCAGUCUGAUCGAUGAGCUUUUCUGUGAAAUAAAACAUGAAAUUCCUGGUUUGAUGGAAGACAGGCAAGUGAAAGAGACAUUACGUGAAAGAUUUCUAGUGCUACUCAGCACUGCAGAAACUUCUCAAGGUGUAUUGCAGCAAACAGUCAAGGAGAAAGGGACUAACAUGAAUCAAGCGAUUCAGAUGAAAGAAAAUGGUCAUAGGAAUGGAAAUUUUGGCUCCACUACCAGUGGGUCAGAAUCACAAGAAGGCAUAGAGAAGGUAGCCAUGUGUGACAGGGCAUCAAAAGAUGCCCAGUUAAAUGAUGACAGUGGUACUAUGAAGCGGAUGAUAGAAUUAAAGCAAGAUAGGCAGGGAGAUGACCUACGAAUGCAAUCUGCUGAUUUUUCUGAUGAAAUGGAAUUGCUGGAAGAUGCACAGGCUGAAGUCAUGUUGGAAGAUGCAUCUGAUGACAUUGGGAUUAGCAACAAUAAGGGUGUUGUGGAAGUGAAGGAAGUGUUGCAAGUCAGGCAAGAUGGACAAUAUGUAAGUGAGAAUGGAAGUAGGAAACUACCAGCUGAUUCUCAAUUGUACCUGCUAAGCAAUAUUCAUGAGAAUACCACUGAGCUAACAGUGAAUGAUUCCUGGGUUAAAGUGAGUGAAGAAGGCAAUGUGAAGGAAAAGACAGAGAUGCUAGGUGGCCAAAAUACAAAUGAGGACAAAAAUGAAGCUUUGCUGAUGCAGUCUCCUCCUUCCAGUGAUCAAGAAGAAUUUCCCAAGAACAUAAAGGAGAGUGACAGUUUUGGCAAAGCAUCAAACAAUGUCUGGAAUGCAGAUAUAAUGAAUGAAAGAGAAGUGCAAUCUAGUGUACAAAGUACAAAUGAAAGAACAAGUGAAGAUUCCAUUGCAAUUUCAUGUAGUAGUCCUGAUGAAAUAGAAGCACCAAUAGAAAACAUUCAGGAACCAAUCACCUUUGAAAAUGCACUAUGGAUUAAUGAGAAUAAAGGUGAUAUGAAGAACGCAAUUGAAACUAUAGCAUGUGAUCAAGAUGUAAAUAGAAAGAGAAGUAAGGAUUUAGUGAUGCAGUCUUACAAUGCAUUUAGUGAAAUGAAACCGUUGGAAGGCACUGGGGAAGAGACCAACAUUAAACUUGAACAGCAUGAGGACCACAAGACUGUUGAGGGGGAUGAACAGACAUGUAACAUUGCACAGCAGUGUUUGCAACAUGCAGAGAAUCUGCAAGCUCACUUAACGUUACUCCAAGAUAGGAGAAUCCAACUGGAGAGCCUGCAGCCAAUUGACACAGACCUGGAAAUCCUUCAAAAACGACUAGAUUACCACAAAUUAAUAAAGUGUGAGCUGGAGGAGUCCGUAACACGCGAUCUGAAAGCUGCUGAGAAAUUUCUGGAUAGCGUUCACCUGGACCCUGAUGAACCGUUACUGAAGAAUUUGGAAACUGACUGUAAAGAUUUACAAAUGUCUCUCGGGGACAUGAUUGAUGUGUGUGCAAGCAGAGUUGAGGCCCUGUCAAGUGCCAUUGAAAUAGAACAGUCUAAGAUCAAGGCAAUACAUCAGGAGCUCCUCGCCACACUCGAUCGGCUGUCCACUCAUGUGCAAGACAAUGCCACUGUCUUAGAAACUCUGUAUCCAGACAUGGCCAGUGAUUUGGAAACUGUUGAAAGAUGUAUACGGCAACACAAGGAUUUGGAGAAAACUUUGAGCGAUUUGAAAAUUCAGCUUGAUGCUACCGCAUUUGAUAUCCAGUUCUUUGUUUCUGAGCAUGCAAUGGACUUUUCUCCGCAGGAAAACAGGAAACUGCUCAAACAUUUGAAUAGCACCCAGACAUUUUUUAAAAGUGUGAUGGAAAGGUUAACAGUACAAGUGGAGGCUUUGAAUCUUCAAUUACAGACCAGAUUAGAAUUGGAUGAUCAGAAGGCUUUCGAAGAAAAGCAAGAAGAGUGUAACAAGAAAUUGCAGGAAAUGUGCGACUUGCUGAUGGUGACUGAAAAUAAAAUUAUUGGUUACGAGAGUGCAAUGUCCAUUCCUGAUGAUAGCUUAGCUAACUUACAACAGCAUCAGCUGGAGCACCAGGCCUUACAAAAGGAAAUUGAGGUGAAUGCAGCCACUUUAGCAAAUGUGGUAAAUGCAACCGAACAGUUCUUAGAGAAGAACAGGGACAAACUUAAACCAGAAGAAAGAGCAGCAAUCAACAGGAAGCUGAAGGAAGCCAAAUCUAAGCUCAAUCAGUUGAGUGAGCAAGUGGAUUCCAAACUCAAGAAUCUGGACAAUGCUGUAACAACUGCUCUCAAACAGGAGACUGAGAAGGCUGCAGUAGUUGAACAGUUAAAGGAAAAUGAGAGUAAGAUCCAAGGACUCUUGAAUUGGCUGUCAAAUAUAGAACAGGAGCCAAUGAGUGAAGAGAAAAUAAAAGAGACAUUGCAACAAAAUGGCAACAAUAUUUUCGUGGAUGGACUGAAGAGUCUGGAGAAUGAGGAUACAGUGAAUGGAAACCUACCUCAGGACUUGAUUGAGACCAAAGCAGACAAAGCAAUUGAACUAACAACUGAUGAGGAUUUGAAUCUUCAGUACCAAAAAGCCAAGCUUCGUCAUCAACAAGUUGUGUCACAACAGCAGUCCUACAUUAUAUCGACACAGUCAGUGCAGGAUUUCCUAAAGAAGCAAGGCUCCAGUAUUUCUGUAGAGGAACGAGAGAAAUUGGAGAAGGACCUGAAUGAGUUGAAGGCUCAGUAUGAGACCACGCUGGCCCAGUCGGAAACCAGACUGAAAUUGAUACAGACAGUACAGGAUGAGCUGCAAAAGUUUUCCAGCGAUUACAGUGAAUUUGAAAACUGGCUGCACCAGUCUGAACAUCAGCUGGAGGAUCUCCAAACUGGUGCCACUGAAGUAGAAACUCUUGUUGGCAAGCUGCAAAGGCAGAAAAGCUUUUCUGAGGAUGUCAUCUCACACAAAGGUGACUUGAGGUAUAUCACCAUCUCAGGGCAAAGAGUCCUUGAUGCUGCUAAAUCCUGUGGCAAAUUGGACCUGGGCAAAGAUAUAAAGCCAUGUAUUGACACAUCUGCGACUUGUAACUUGGUGCAGAGGCAACUGGAUGUGGCCAAUGACUCCUAUAAAUCGCUGCACUCAAAGUGUAAUUCCUUGGGUAAAAAUCUCAAAGAUGUGGUGGAUAAGUACAGCCAAUACCAAGAAAUCUCAGCAGGCCUUCUACCAUGGCUUCAAGUCACCGAGGAAGCUGCAAAAAUUCAGCUGACGGAGGCCAUUGCUGCAGAUCCCAAAAACCUACAGAAGCAGCUGGAGCAAGUCAAGGAUCUGCAGGGUCAGAUGUCUGUACACCAAAGCACAGUAGAAAAGCUAAGGAAAACCGUUGAUGCACUUAUGAAUACCGAUGGUAAUCUCCUGCUGAAUCGUGAUGAAAUUCAAGAUAAUGUGGAUGAUGUUGUGUUGAGAUUUGAGAAUUUAUCCAAAUCGACCAGCGAUCGCAAUGAGAAGCUGCAGAUGACUCUCACACGGUCCCUGAGUGUUCAAGAUGGUUUGGACGAAAUACUUGACUGGAUGGCUAAUGUUGAAAAGAGCCUAGAAGAUGACAAGGAGAUGCCUUUGAAUUCUGCUGCUAUUCAAGAGGCCUUCAGUAAAAAUGCUGUACUGGAACAGAACAUUGCCAGUCGCCAAAGCAGUAUUAGCGCCAUUAAAGAGAAAGCCAACAAGUUCAUAGCAACAGCAGAUCCAACCACUGCCUCUGAAUUGCAAGCAAAGGUGGAUGAACUUGCCAAACGGUUUUCUUCAGCCAGUGGCCGACAAAAGGAAAGAACAGCCAAACUGGAAAAACUCAGAGCCAAAGUGGAAUUUUUCGAGAAGACUUACCAAAAAAUUGAGCAGUUUGUAACCAAGAAAUCUCUGUCUCUCCCUGAAAUUGAUGGACCAGGAAAAGAUCUUGCUGAACUCUCACACCACAUGCAGGAAAUAAAAGCUGAACUAUUGGACCAGAGUAAAGAUCUCAACAUAUUAAAUCAGUUGGCUGAAGAGCUAGGGGGAUGCGCUACGGAAGAAGAACGGACGUGGAUCCUCAACAAUGUCAAUGCUCUGUCAAAGCAUUUUCAAGAACUGGAAGAGACCACCAAGAAAAAAGAGGAAGAAUUAUUUUGUUGCCAGCUUCAGGCAGAUCAAUUUAAAACACUGCUGAUGUCGUUCAACAAGUGGGCGGAGGGAAUGAACACAAGGAUUCCAAUUGUAGAGCCAAGUCUAACUACAGAAACUCUUCAGAAGAACUUGUCUAGUAUUCAGGGCAUGCUCAAUGAGUGGUCAUCGAAAGCUUCUGAAGUUGAGGAAGUUAAUCAGAAAGGAUCAGCCUUGUGUCACUUAAUCAAUACACUGACUUCUCCAGCCCGUUCAAGGACGACAUUCAAAUCAGGUACACAAGUGGUGAAUGGUGGGGAAGCAGUCUCUGCUAUCUGUGAUUCCAAAGAGCUAAUCACUAUCCAGCAGGACAUUGCAGAUGUGAAUCGUCAAUAUGAAAAGGUGGGAGGUUUGCUGAAGGACAAGGAGAAUCAGUUGGAAACUAUGCUGGCUCAGAGACAGCAAAUUCAAGAAGAAGCCAAUUUGGUCAAGGAAUGGUUGGAGUCGAUGGAUAAAAGAGCAGCAUCAUGGGAUACAUUGCCAACUGAGACUGAAGCCAUAAAGGAACAAGUUGAACAGCAAAAGAUAUUUGAAGCCGAAUUGAACCAAAACACUGGCAAGGUUGAACAGGUGAAAGAAAGGUUGAUGCUGUUGCUGGAGGAGAACACCGACGCUCCAGAAGCUGGGAAAUGGAGGCAGAUGUUGGAUUGUAUAAAUUCAAAAUGGCAACAGGUCAGCCAGUCAGCAGCAAACCGGCAGCAGAAGUUGGAGGAGUCAUCUAGUUUCCUUAGUCAGUUUGAGACGGCAGAGGUGCAGCUCAGCCAGUGGCUUGUUGAAAAGGAACUAAUGAUGAAUGUACUUGGACCACUCUCCAUUGAUCCACAUAUGUUGAACAAUCAGAAACAACAAGUCCAGAUAUUGCUCAAGGAGUUUGAGACACGAAAGCCACAACAUGAACAGCUGAAAACGGCAGCCGAUGGCAUUUUGAGUCGAUCGGAUGACCCUGCUGUGGCCAGUGGAGUUGUGAGCAAUCAGCUGGCUACCGUCACACAAAAGUGGGACAACUUGACGGGACAGCUGGUUGAACGGUCCAACCUCAUCGAUCAGGCCAUCGACAAAAGCAGCAGGUACCAGAGUUUAGUUCGGGACCUCUCAGCCAGGCUGAACAUCUUGAAUACUAUGCUGGUUGAUCAGCUGGCCAUUGGCUCCCAGCCCGAAGCUGUGAAAUCCCAACUGGAAGCAGCCAGUGAAAUCCGGUCGGAGUUGAAGCGGGAGGAGAAAUCAGUGCAGGAGGCCCAGAGGCUCUGCGAGGAGAUCUCAGCCCUCGUUGGUGAACAAUACCUGAAGGCUGAGCUUAGCAGGCAGUUGGAAAAUGUCUUGAAACCCUACCGAGAUCUGGAGGAAAAAGCAGGAAACCAAGUCCACCAGCUACAGUCAGCACUUGCUAAUUCCGAGCAAUUUCAGCAGAUGUUCGAUGAUUUUAAAGCAUGGAUAGAUGGAAAGUGCAGAGAGCAAGGCCAAAGGCCUCCCAUACCUGCCAAGCUGGAGCGCCUGCAUUUGCUGAUUGAUGAGCAGGCAGAGUUCCAGAAAUCUUUGGCCCAGAAAGCUGGGUCCUACGAGAUGAUCCUGGUGGAAGGUGAGGCUCUCCUGCAGAAUAUGCAGCCUGGUGCUGAGAAAACAGCCUUACAGGGUCGUCUGGGAGCCCUCCGGGCUGACUGGGAAGUACUAGCCAAGCAGGUAGAAGCCAGACAAGAGAAACUGAGGGACUGUUCCCAGAAAGCCGAAAAGUACAGAGAAUGUGUCGAGCACCUACUACCGUGGAUACAAGAGUGCGAGGAAAAGGCUUCUCAGGUACAAGUCUGUAGCGACGCUGCAGAAAUUGAAUCUUCAUUGGUGAACAUUAAAGGUUUACAGAAUGAUGUGGACAAACAUCGGAGGGCAAUAGAGUCGCUAAAUAAUGCUGCCAACAGCUUGAUCGAAGCUAGCGAGGCUGAUCAGCAAGAUAUCCAAAGCGAGAAGGCUUCAGUCAACCAAAAGAUUGAUUUGAUCAAUGAACAGCUCCAGCUGAAAAUCAGUUCCCUGGAUGAGAUGGCAAAAUGUAUGAAGGAGUUUCACAAUUCUGUCAAAGAUGCCAAGAAGCAACUAGAUGGAGCCAAGCAGCAACUUGAGCUCCAUAAUGCCCUUGGACCCCAGGCAUACAGUAAUAAAUGCCUGACCAAUAUGAAUGCCCAGCAGAAGACUCUUCAGGCUUUGGCACCGCAAGUGGAGAAUAUCAAGUGCCUUGCUCAGAGAUUGGCUGCUGGUACCUCAGACAGUGCCGGGACUUCUUUGAUCCUGCAGCAGACCAAUUCCUUACAGGAUGAUUAUGCAUCAGUGAGUCAGCAAGUGCGAGAGAGGUGCUCUUUCUUGGAGACCAAGCUCCAAGGCAUUGGGCAGUUUCAGAACAAUAUCCGGGAGAUGUUUUCCUUAUUUGCUGACCUUGAUGAUGAAUUGGACAGCAUGGCUCCUGUGGGAAGGGAUCUGAUCAGUCUGCAAGCUCAGAAGGCUGGCACCCAGGAUUUCAUCGUCAAACUGCAAGAGCUAACAGCAAGCAUUGAAAGUGCAAAGAAAGAGGGCAAGCAGAUGCUGGAGUCAGCAAGUUCUCCAGAUUUAUUGGGGUUAAAGCGGGAUUUAGAUGCUUUAAGCAAACAGUGCAAUAAACUCCUGGACAGGGCCAUGAUCAGAAAAGAGCAAGUGGAAACCAACCUUGCUCGGGUUGAGGAAUUCAACAGUAAAUGCAAGACAUUUAGUAAGUUGAUGACAGUCGCUGAGGAGCAUGAAGAGAGUCAGGGCAGUGUUGGAACAGAAACGGAUGUCAUCAACCAACAACUGGAAUCAUUCAAGGUAUUUCAAAAGGAAGAAAUUGAACCUCUUCAGACUGUGCUCCAAGAGGUGAAUCGCCUUGGACAAGGACUGAUCCAGAGUGCAGCUAAAAAUACCAACAUCCAGACCUUGGAGCACAACCUUGAAGAAGCAAAUACACGAUGGAAUACUCUAACAACAAAGGUUGCAGAACGAGCUGCCAAGCUGCACGAAGCUCUGUUGCACUGUGGGCGGUUUCAGGAUGCGCUCGAAUCAUUGCUCAGUUGGUUAAUGGACACAGAGGAGCUCGUAGCCAACCAAAAGCCAUCAUCAGCUGAGUUCAAAGUAGUUAAGGCUCAAAUUCAAGAACAGAAACUUCUUCAACAUUUGCUGGAUGAUCGCAAACCAACUGUGGAAAUGAUCAAAAAGGAAGGGGAGAAGAUUGCUGGGUUGGCUGAUUCGACAGAUCGAGAGAAGACCCUGAAUCAGCUGCAAGGCCUGAGUCGUCGAUGGAAUUCCCUGCUGACCAAGGCUGAAGACAGGCAGCGGCAGUUGGAAGCCAUCUUGGUGGUGGCUCAGCAGUUCCAUGAUACUGUGGAACCUUUGAUUGAAUGGCUUUCUGCUGCUGAGAAGAAAGUUGCAAACUCUGAACCUAUUGGCACUCAAACUGCUAGACUACAAGAACAGAUCUCCCAGCAUAAAGCCAUGGAAGAUGAUGUCGUCAGUCAUGGCAAACAGUUGCACCAGGCCAUCAGCAUUGGCCAGUUGCUAAAGACUAUGAGUUCCAGAGAUGAUAAAGACAUCGUGCAGGGAAGGCUGGAUUCUGCCCAGACACGGUACAUUGAGAUCCAGGACAGGUGUGGCCGCAAAGCUGCCCUGAUCCAGCAGGCCCUGUCCAAUGCCUGGAUUUUUGGGGAGGAGGAGGUGGAGGUUCUGAACUGGUUGGCUGAAGUGCAGGACAAACUCAACAAUGCAGCCAUUCAAGACUACAAUCCUGAUCAUCUUCACAAACAGCAUUCUGAACAUCUGAUGCUUCAUGAAGACAUCAUGCUUCGUAAACAGCAUGUCGAUCAGGCCAUUAAGAACGGAUUAGCUCUCCUGAAACAGACAACAGGGGAUGAAGUUAUAAUUAUUCAGGAAAGGCUAGAUGGCAUCAAAGCACGCUACGCUGAAAUUACCACUACCAGCGGUAAAGUCUUGAAGACCCUAGAACAGGCCCUCCAACUGGCCACUAAGUUUCAGUCUGCUCAUGAGGUGUUAACUACCUGGCUCGAGAAGGUGGAGGCUGAACUGACUACAUAUGCUUCCGAGGUUCUUGCAGGAGAACAGCUAGCUCAAGCACAGAAGAGACAGAAAGAGCUGAGGAAAGAGAUGAUGGAGCACAGGGUAAGCCUGGACACAGUUAAUGAGGUUAGCAGUGCUUUAUUGGAGUUGGUCCCAUGGAGAGCGAGAGAAGGACUUGAUAAGCUGGUGUCUGAUGACAACGAGCGUUACAGAUUUGUGAGCGACACUAUAGCACAGAAGGUGGAAGAAAUAGAUGCUGCUAUACAAAGAUCUCAGCAGUUUGAACAAGCAGCAGAUGCAGAGAUUGCCUGGAUAACAGAAACAGAGAAGAAGCUCAGAUCACUUGGUGACAUUAGACUUGAACAAGACCAGACCUCUGCUGAGUUACAAGUUCAAAAGGCAUUUUCAAUGGAUAUUUUGCGACACAAAGAUACAAUCGAUGAACUCGUUGCAAAUGGAGAUCAAAUUAUGAGUUCCUGCACUGAAGAGGAGAAAGCAUCCUUGAAGAACAAACUGGACAUGCUUCAAAAACAAUACGAGGUGAUCAGCCAGAUGAAUGCAGAAAGAUACUUGCAGCUGGAACGGGCUCAGUCUUUGGUCAGCCAGUUUUGUGAGACCUACGAAGAGCUCUGGCCAUGGCUUGAAGAGACCCAAGUGUUAAUUACGCAGUUACCCACACCAGCCAUUGAAUUCGAGAUGUUAAAGCAACAGCAGGAAGAGCUUCGGCAACUGCGGGAAUUGAUAGCGGAACAUAAGCCUCACAUAGAUAAGAUGAAUAAAACUGGACCUCAGUUACUGGAGUUAAGCCCUCGGGAAGGUUUAGGCAUCCAGCAGAAGUACACAGCAGCUGAUGCACUUUACAGUAAGAUCAAAGAGGAUGUCAAGCGAAGAGCCACCUCACUGGACGAAGCCAUUUCUCAAUCUACUCAGUUCCACGACAAGAUUAGCCCCAUGCUUGAAGCACUGGAGCGCAUUGCUGUUAGAUUGCAACAGCCACCUUCCAUCUCGGCAGAGGUGGAGAAAAUCCGGGAGCAGAUCAGCGAAAACAAGAAUGUGACCAUGGAACUUGAGAAGCUGCAGCCAGCAUUUGAAACUCUGAAGCAGCGAGGCGAUGAUCUGAUUGGACGUUCUGAAGGAGCUGACAAAGAUUUCUGUGCGAAAGCUGUUCAGGACCAGUUGGACAAGAUGGUUUUCUACUGGGCUGACAUCAAAGCUCGGGCAGAGGAGCGGGAGGCAAAGCUGCUCGAUGCUAUGGACCUGGCUGAAAAAUUCUGGUGUGAUCAUUCCGCCCUGAUUGUCACUAUUAAAGACACCCAGGACUUAAUUCGAGAACUGGAGGAACCCGGAAUAGAUCCAUCAGUUGUUAAAGAACAGCAAGAGGCUCUCGAGACAAUCAAAGAAGAGGUUGAUGGUCUUCAGGAGGAACUGGAGAUAGUUCAGAACCUUGGAGCUGAGUUGACUGCAGCCUGUGGAGAGCCCGAUAAACCUGUGGUGAAGAAAAAUAUAGAUGAGCUGAAUUGUACCUGGGACAUUCUGAACAAGGCAUGGAAAGAUCGCAUUGACAGGCUGGAUGAAGCAAUGCAGGAGGCUGUUCAGUUCCAGGAUGCACUACAGGCUAUGUUUGAUUGGAUGGAUAUUGCAGAGACUAAGUUAAAUACACUACCUCCAAUUGGUACAGAUCUUGAAACAGUGAAGCAACAAAUUGCUGAACUCAAGCAAUUUAAGACUGAGGCAUAUCAGCAGCAAAUAGAGAUGGAGCGACUGAACCAUCAGGGAGAAUUGUUAUUGAAGAAAGUGAGCGAAGAUGAUGACAAGCGUGUUGUACAGGAACCUCUUCAUGAGUUGAAACAUCUCUGGGAAAAUCUGGAUGGGAAAAUAGUCAACAGACAACAUAAACUGGAAGGUGCUCUGUUAGCUCUGGGACAGUUCCAACAUGCCCUGGACGAGCUGAUGACGUGGCUGACCCAUACCGAGGAGCUCCUAAAUGAACAGAAAGCUGUUGGUGGAGAUCCUAAAGCCAUUGAAAUCGCAAUUGCUAAACAUCACGUUCUACAAAAUGAUGUCCUAGCACACAGGUCCACUGUGGAGACUGUGAACAAAGCUGGAAAUGACUUGCUCGAAUCGAGUGAUGGGGAGGAAGCCAGCAGCCUGCAGAGCAAGCUAGAAGUCCUGAAUCAGCGCUGGAAUAAUGUCUUGGAACAAACUGAGCAACGGCAACAGCAAUUGCAUCUCUCUCUCAUCCAGGCUCAAGGUUUCCAGAGCGAGAUUGAAAAUAUGCAGCGCUGGCUGGUAGACACUGAACGUCAGCUGUCAGCAUCAAAACCUGUUGGAGGUCUGCCAGAAACUGCCAGGGAGCAGCUUAAUGUUCAUCUGGAACUCUGUGCUGCAUUUGAAAACAAAGAGGAGAUCUACAAGAACCUGAUAAACAAGGGACAGCUGAGCUAUGAGGGCAUUGAUGACAGUAAUGUGGAACAAGGGAUCAACAACCUAAAAGAAAGAUGGGAAUCAGUUGAAGUAAAACUAAAUGAACGAAAGGUUAAACUGGAGGAGGCCCUCAACCUAGCCACUGAGUUUCACAACUCACUUCAAGAUUUCAUCAACUGGUUGACCCAAGCAGAGCAAACUUUGACAUUAGCUUCUUCACCAAGUCUUAUUUUGGACACAAUUUUGUUCCAGAUUGAUGAACACAAGGUUUUUGCCAACGAAGUCAACUCACAUCGUGAAAAAAUAAUUGAACUGGAUAAGACUGGGACCCACCUGAAGUACUUCAGUCAGAAGCAGGAUGUGGUGCUGAUUAAAAAUUUGUUGAUCAGUGUUCAAGCUCGAUGGGAGAAGGUUGUGCAGCGUUCUGUUGAUAGGGGAAGAGCACUAGAUGAUGCAAGGAAACGUGCUAAACAGUUCCAAGAGGCAUGGAAGAAAUUAAUGGAAUGGUUAGAAGAUUCAGAAAAAAACCUGGAUUCAGACCUUGAAAUUGCUAAUGAUCCGGACAAGGUGAAAAUGCAACUUGCAAACCACAAGGAGUUCCAGAAAGCGCUAGGAGCAAAACAUUCAGUGUACGACACUACAGUAAGAACUGGUCGCUCUUUAAAAGAGAAGACAACUUUGGCUGAUGACCACCAGAAGCUCGAUGACAUGUUGAGUGAGCUGAGGGAUAAGUGGGACACGGUGUGUGGAAAGUCAGUGGAAAGACAGAACAAAUUGGAGGAAGCAUUGCUGUUCUCCGGCCAGUUUACAGAUGCCUUGCAAGCUCUGAUCGAUUGGCUAUACAAGAUUGAGCCCAUGCUGGCUGAAGAUCAGCCAGUGCACGGGGACAUCGACCUGGUGAUGAACCUGAUUGAUGCUCACAAGGUCUUCCAGAAGGAAUUGGGCAAACGGACCAGCGGUGUCCAAGCCCUCAAACGCUCUGCCCGUGAACUGGUGGAUGCCAGCCGUGAUGAUUCCUCCUGGGUCAAGGUGCAGAUGCAAGAGCUCAGUACUCGCUGGGAAACUGUCUGUGCCCUCUCUGUCUCCAAGCAAGCCCGACUAGAACAAGCCCUGAACCAGGCUGAGGAAUUCCACUCUGCGGUGCAUGUGUUGCUAGAAUGGUUGGCUGAAGCCGAACAGACCCUUCGUUUCCAUGGCGUUCUUCCAGAUGAUGAUGAGGCCCUGCGUGCGCUUAUAGAACAGCACAAGGAGUUUGCAAGGAAACUGGAAGAGAAGAUGAUUGAGCUGAAUUUAGCAGUGGGCAUGGGAGAAGCUAUCCUAUCUAUCUGCCACCCAGACUCUAUCACAACCAUCAAGCAUUGGAUCACAAUAAUCCGAGCCAGAUUCGAAGAGGUAACUGCAUGGGCUAAACAGCAUCAACUGCGGCUUGAAGCAGCUCUUGCAGAUGUUAUUGCUAAUCAAGAGUUACUGGAGAGCCUGUUGGGCUGGUUACAGUGGGCAGAGACGAUACUCACUCAGAGAGACCAAGAAUCACUUCCACAGGAGAUCGAAGAAGUCAAAACACUUAUUGCCGAGCACCAGUCUUUCAUGGAGGAAAUGACCAGAAAGCAGCCAGAUGUGGAUAAAGUAACAAAAACAUACAAGAGGAAAGCUGCAGAACCGACCCAGAUUGCAUCCCAAAUUCCUGUCAUUGAUAAAGGAAGGUCAAGGAAAAGACUCCCAGCACGGGCUCUGUAUUCACCGGCAACACAAACCAUUGAGACUAAAAAUCCACGUGCUAACCUCCUCGUCAGUAAAUGGCAGCAAGUCUGGUUGUUGGCUCUGGACAGACGACGGAAACUCAAUGAUGCACUUGAUAGGCUGGAAGAGCUGAGAGAGUUUGCCAACUUUGAUUUUGACGUUUGGCGAAAGAGAUAUAUGCGAUGGAUGAACCACAAGAAGUCCAGAGUAAUGGAUUUCUUCAGACGCAUUGACAAAGAUCAGGAUGGAAAGAUCACAAGACAAGAGUUUAUUGAUGGAAUUCUCUCCUCAAAGUUUCCUACCAGCCGUCUGGAGAUGAGUGCAGUGGCAGAUAUAUUUGAUCGAGAUGGUGAUGGCUACAUUGAUUAUUACGAGUUUGUGGCAGCCCUUCAUCCAAACAAAGAUGCUUACAAACCUCUUACUGAUGCAGACAAAAUUGAGGAUGAGGUGACACGGCAAGUAGCAAAAUGUAAAUGUGCAAAGCGGUUUCAGGUGGAACAGAUAGGGGAGAACAAGUACAGGUUCUUCCUGGGAAAUCAGUUUGGUGACUCGCAGCAGUUGCGGCUAGUCCGCAUCCUGCGCAGUACAGUCAUGGUUCGUGUUGGAGGAGGUUGGAUGGCACUCGAUGAGUUUCUGGUGAAAAAUGACCCCUGCAGAGUUCAUCAUCAUGGAAGUAAAAUGUUGCGUUCGGAAUCAAACUCUUCAAUUACCAGUCAGUCUCCUAUAGCAAAGGGCAGGACAAACGUUGAACUGCGUGAAAAAUUCAUGCUUCCUGAAACCACCGGUCAGUCUGUGACUGCCUUCCGAUCACGGGGUCGUAGGUCACGGCCAUCGUCGAGGGCCGCUUCUCCAAACAGGUCAACCUCCAGUGCCAGUCAGAGUGUUUCAGUUCCGCCAGUUACUACAACUACACCUCCUAAGACAUCCCAACAUUUAAUCCGCAAUUAUGAUAAACCAUGGUUGACAAACAGCAAAACAUCAAGUCCUUUUAAGUCACCAGAGUCCCCUGAACGCCGAAUCCCAUCACCAGAGGUAACCCCAAUCCAGGGAAGCAAACUGCGACCGCCUGGAUAUUUGUCAGGAAAAAGUUUCCACUCUGGAGACGAAAGCAAUUUAACAUCAACCCCUCCUUCUAGGGGGCGGUCACAAGUACCAGUCCGAGACUCAAGAAAAAUCCCAAGUCGACCCACAAGCCGAGCUGGAAGCAAGACCGGCAGUCGAGCCAGUAGUCGUCGUGGGAGUGACGCUUCUGAUUUUGACAUUUCGGAUAUCCAGUCUGUAUGCUCAGAUGUUUCAGAAACAGUGCCUGACACUAGCAGAUCAGGGUCACGAGCAGGAUCUCGGCCAACUUCCGCGAAACCUUCGAAAAUCCCAACACCAUCACGGAGGUCCCCAGCAACUAGCAAACUGAGUGCGGCCUCCAAAAGAUAGUGCGAUCAACCCAGCGGAAGUUCUCUGAAAUCAUUUGAUAGUGCAGUCCUUGGGAUGUAAAAUAUUCUGUAGAAUCUGUUGUGAAAUAUUGCAAGAGGUGGACUUUUGAUGCUGCAGAAUGGCCUUAUUUGUGUUUUUGUCUUGUAAGGUAUGUUAUUUUAUGUGAAUAAUUAUUUUGUUCAUUUUUUUGUUGACACCAUAUCCUCUGGAGGGAAAACUAAAAAGAGCUUUUAAGAAAGAUGUAAGUUAAACUAAUAUUUUUACAUAAUAGUAUGGAAUUAGGUAAUUAUCUUGGAAAGCUGUUUCUGAAUGUACUGUUAAAAAAUAUAAAAUCCCAGGAACAUGUUGUGUCAAUAAGCAGGCAGAUGACUCCAUAAUUUGCUAACAGCACUGAUUACCUCAUACACAAUUCAAUGAGGCAAUGCUGGAUUUUGUGAAAUAAUCUUUAUUUUUGCUCAGAGCUGAUUUUCCUUAAUUAACCACAAAGCAAAUGUCUGUGUCCCAGAUAAUUAAAAAAAGGGAUGUAAAAAGUUGAUCAGCACUACCUUAAUGUAGCAAACUUGAAUUUACUCACAAAUGUUUAAUAACACACUUAGGCCGGCUGUUAAGACACUUAAAAAGAAAUUCCUGCAGCAUUUUUGUGCCAUUUCAUAUAGCUGAGAUCAAACUGCCAUUGUUAAAACCCCUUUCCCUCCCCUCAACAAGUCAUUUAUACUAAUAGUAAUUAAUAUAUAAGUAUGAAGUGUGUUGAUGUCAAUGUGAAUUUUUUUUUGCUUGAGUGGAAGAUAAUUGUAUCAUUGAUCCCAUUUUGUAUUAAAGCAAAGUUGCUUGCAGUAAGUCACAAUCUGAAUCAUCCCUACUUGUUACUUUACAGCAAUACUUCAUGCAAGACUAUUUCUUUAUUUAUUUAACAAAAUAGAUGAUAAUUUAAUGUAGGCAUUAGCAGUGAAUGAAUGACCUAGAAGGGUUCCUCCAAAUGCUUAUUAAAGCAUUCUUUUCAGACCUA